UAUUAAUUCAGCCGGCACAUCACCCAGUCAUAGAGUGACUGUAGUCACAGAGGAAAAACCUCCAGCUUCACCUCCUUUGCCUGUUAAUGUGACUGAUGUGGCCACCUUUACAGUGACUGUCCUGUGGGGGGCAGUCCCUUGUCCUGAUCAAAAUGGUGUAAUCACGGGCUACACCAUAAGUAUUUCGAAAAUGAGUGAUAGUUCCAGUGGGAACAUUAGUGGGAGUGACAAUGGGCGUGGCUGUUGGAGUGACAGUGGGUGUGGUAGCGGGCAUGGCAAUGGGAGUGGCUUAAAGAGUGGUCAGGGUAUUGAAUGCAGUGUGCCUGUAAUAGAAAAGGGUGAUAAUGACACAGUAAGUGUAUCAGUCCCUGAACGCAAUGCCACACUCACUGGACUGAGGCCUUCAACCAAACUAUUCCAUCACUGUGGCUGCAGUCAACAGUGCUGGCAUUGGAAAACAGAGCGAGCCACUUUUUGUGGUGACUGAUGGUGUCCUGUCAGUCACCAAUACCACCUCAUUGUCGGCGAAGACUCUAACCAUCGAAUGGGAACUGGUAGAGGGGGUGACUGCGGCCACUUACACCAUCUCCUACUAUAAUACAGACACUGAUUGCUUCCAUAACGACACUGGUGCCGUGUAUGAUGUUGACGGUGGUGAGCAAAUGUUCACUCUUACCGGUCUCGAAGAGGGGUCAACCUACUCCGUCACUGUGAUGACUACUCUCUGUGGACUGCAAGACAAUGAAGAAGACAGAAUUAUUGCCACUACAAUGCCUGCUGUUCCAUCUGCAGCUCCUUUGUAUGUGGACGUGUUGGUAGAGAAUUCUACCACUGUCACUGUCCAGUGGGGGCCAAUAGAUUGUGUCCACGAGAAUGGAAAUAUAACUCACUAUUCAGUGAGGUAUAGGGAGGUGGACAGUAGUAAACAUGAUAGUGAAGGCAGUGGGUGGAAUAAUGGGAUGGUGUCGGGAGACUCCAGUGGAGGAAUGGCAACAAUAUCUGGACUGACCAAAGAAACAGUCUACACUGUCGAAAUAGCAGCUCAAAACGCUGCCGGUACUGGAGUGUACAGCAACCCUAAGAGUUUUCAAACGCCCAAUGAUGUGUAUAUAAGCCUGAAUGGUGACAUCAUUCAAAAUCAUGGUCUUGUCGUGGUAAACAAUAGUGGCUCCAACUACAGCACAUCUCUACUUUGUCACUAUGAUGGACAUCUUGAUGCUAACUGUGAACUGGACUGGUUCACACCAAAUAGUAGCAGAAUUACUACUGAUAGUGCUGAACAAAGUACCACAAGUAACACGGUUGUUAGCUUGACAAGAACCACUGCUAUUGCAAUGGAGGGGAUAUAUCAUUGCACAGUAUGCAAUGGAAAUGCAUCUCGUAAAGUGUACGUAGGUAUAUACCCCAUUGACGAAGGUCUAAUCCAGAUAUAUGGAAAUGUGACUUUCGUUCUAGAUUCAAACCCCAAUGAAGCUACUCCUCAGUUCAGACUCUGUUGUACGUCUACUGGGGGACCUGCUACCUCUGUGACCUGGUCAAGAGAUUCUGAGACUCUGAGUAAAGGAACUGAAACUGUGUUGAAUGAUGCAACAACAGCACAGUACACCCACACACUCACUGUAACUGGAAAGCUGGAAGGACUCUACGCAUGCUCUGUGGCUAAUGAAAUCUCUAAUGAUUCGGCUCGGCUGAAUGUAACUGCUCCGUCCCCACCUUCUGAUGUGAAACUCAGUCAAAAUGGACUGAGAAGUGUACUAGUAUCCUGGACAUCUGGAGUGCCAGCAGUAACUGGAUAUGUUGUAUAUUACCAGGAACAGAAUGGGGAACAGAAUGGCUCAGUAACUGCUGAGGGAAGUGAAUCUGCGGCUAAUAUUACAGGACUAAAUCCAGGGACUAACUAUUCCAUCGAGAUAGUGGCUACCUCUAGUACACUUCCAAGCGACCCAACACUUAAACACAUCACUAUUGAACAAGCCAGCAUUUCCCUGUAUGCCACUCCCUCAUACUUGGUCGAGGUAGGACACAACGUCACCCUCACCUGCUCUGUCUCUCUUCCUAAAGACGUAGCAGGCACUCCAGUGUAUGACUGGGAAGGACCAGCUGAUAAUUUUGAUCCCGCACUCUUUGAGUGUGACGAGGACCCCUGCAGAAGUAUAACAACUCUGUAU